GUGGUUUGCUAGCAGUAGGGCUAGUCAGCCGAAAAAAAGCUCCUGGGAAAAGGAAGCGAUGUUGCAGCAGGACAGUCUCGUCGGAGUAAAGUCCUGUUGUGGCGAAAGGUUGUUGAUUGAGGCAGCUGAUUCCAUUUGUCUACAUCAUGAAAAACCUACAUUGGGUUUUGUGCAAUGAUUGAUUCUUGUUCUUUCAGCCAAGACCAUAUUAAAGAUUACAUGUAUUGGCGAAUCAGAUUCAGAAAGGAUUUUAAGAAUGGAUUAUUUUGUGGCUUGCACAUUCCUCUUUACACUGAUAUUACCAAGAGGUAUGACUACUGACACAGAGAAGAAAACCUCAGAUUCAGGAUUGGAAAUCUAUAAGAAACUAUUUGAAGUAAAGCGCAAAGACCAAAUGAAUGCACUGAAGAACCUGAUUGAACUCAAUGAUGUCAACCAGCAGUACAAAAUUAUAGACAUCAUGCUCAAGGGUCUUUUCAAGGUUCUUGAAGACUCACGAGCAGUACUUAUCGCAGCAGAUAUUUCACCGGAUGGACCAUUUUCUCAUGAUGAGAAGAUAAAGGAUGCCUAUUCUCAUGUGGUGGAGAAUACUGCUUUUUUUGGGGAUGUAGUCCUACGUUUUCCUAAAAUAGUGCAUCACUACUUUGAUCGCAAUUCCAAUUGGAACAACCUUAUUCGCUGGGGGAUCAGCUUCUGCAACCAGACAGGCGUAUUUGAUCAAGGACCCCACUCACAAGUAUUAGGAUUGAUGGCUCAAGAGCUAGGAAUUAGUGAAAAAUCUCCAGACUACCAGAAUCCCUUUAAAGCAGACAAUUCUGAAUUUUUUCCUGGUGCCAACACAUUCCAGAAGGCUCUUCGGGAGGAAGAGAAGCGAAGAAAGAAAGAGGAGAAACGAAAGGAAAUUCGCAAGGGGCCUCGCAUCUCACGCUCACAGUCUGAGUUGUAAUUCUAAUGUCAUUUGCCCUAUCACUGAAACUUUGGGAGUUAAAACAUCUGAAAAGGAAUGCCCCUUUGUGACCUCAGGAAAAUGACAAGCUGUUGAAAGGGCAGGGUUUGGAAGUGACAUUCUUUCAACAGGACAUUGGUACCUACUAAAUACCUAGAUGGAGACCACGAAGUUUCAGUGCAUAUUUCCUUAUGGGAAGAAAGACUUUUCCAAGUAUCUGGAAUGUAUAGAGUAUGUCAGGGACUGUUUCUUCAUGUGUAUUUUUUAAUCUCUCGUGGCUUUGCCAGUUUGUAAUGCUAAGAGUUUUAGAAAAAUGGGGCGAGAAGAGAAGAAAUUAAUUCUGUGGUAUAUGCCAUGUCUGCCAUUUAUGACAUGUAAUACUAUGUAUCAUUAUGCAAUCAGAAAAGUAAUAUAUUAUUGCUGCAACAGAUUUUGUUCCUGUGCAGCAAACAAUUUCUUUAAAAAACUUUUGAAUUCUGUUAGAGAUGCACAAACUUGGAAAUAUUAAUUAGCGAUAAAGUACUCUUUGAACACUUUUCUUUAAAUUGUAUGAAAUGUGACUGGGAGCUGGGAUACAUCAAAGAUAUAUUGUUCCUUAAAAUAUCAUCAUCAUCAUAAUUAUAAUCCAGAGCCCCUGUAGGUAAUAUCAAGUUUUAUCUGGUUGUCAAGCUUCCUUCAUUUCAUAAGGCUGUUAAAGUAUUUUCUCCUAAAAGGGAAGAAAAGCUUUUGGUUGAAAAGAAAGUCAAUAAGGCUGUGCUCCACCAAAUAAUAACUUUAUACUUGAACAAGAGAAUAAAGUACUAAGGUAAAGUGGAUCUGUGUGAUAAUUUCAUAAUCUUGACAGCAGUAUUGACAGCAGUAUUACUAUCACUACCUGAAUGAAAAUUACUGAAUGGCUUACAGAAUUCCAGGGUCAGUUUUUAAUUACUAGCUUUGCAAGACUACUUUUGAAUUUCAUUUGUAGUAUUGUAUGCGUAGGUCUGGUUGUAAACCAUGUACAUUUACGUUUCUUGUCUGGUAAUCAAUUUUAUCUUGAUUAUUAUAAGAUACCUAUUUGGCCUUAGAUUUUACACUAUAAAAAAGCAAAAGCUAACCAUAUGGCUUUUGUUCUUUUUUUUUGUUUGUUUUUACUAUUAUACCACAAAAAAUGACCAGCAGUAAGUUUAACAUAUGGGUAGUGAAAUUAUGGAAGCAUAUUUUUGCUACUCCUACUGUCUGCCUGAUUGUUUCAUAGGAAGAAGUUGCCUUUUUUCUCAACAUUUUCAAGCGUUCUAUUGUAAACCACCCAGAGAGUGCUAUAAAACACUAUGGGAUUGUAUAUAAAUCUAAGUGCUAUUGCUAUUGUUAUUCUAUGAAGGCUUACACUUGAAGCAGAGUUCAGAUUUCAUCUUAACUGUUAAUUUUACACUAACUGGUUUCGGGAUCAAAAUAUGAUUAUUGUUCUUUUCUCAAUCUGUAGUUCUUCAUUGGUGAGUUAAAUUAUGAAUUUGCACAUAUCUACACACAAUCAAGCUAUGUGCAUUUGGCACAGAACCUUUGCAGUGUUUGGCAGAAUGGGUAGUUUUUGUUAAGGACUGAAGUUGAGUGGAAGUAGGAGACCUCUCUGUACAUUAAAAUAACUGGAAUAUUAUACAUCUCACACUUCUGGUGGCAUUGCCUAAAAGGUAGUUUGCUCUUGGCAGAGGAUUCUUUAGUGUAGAAGGAAGGUUUCAGGGGAUACUGCAUUUUGACAAGGCUGGAAAUUUAUUUUCUAAACAGAACCAGCUAUGCUUGGUUUGGGGAAGGAUAUGUAUUUAAAUUGGAAAUUGACUUUGCUUUUCUUGAAUAAAACUAAAGUUUUUUUUAAAAAAAACCACUUUGACUUCUCAUUCUUGUGAGCUAUGUCAGUGUGUCACAGGAAGAGGAGAGAGGGAUUUAUUAUUUUUAAGUUAGGUAGUUCUCAUAUUCAGAAAAGGCUGCUUUACUUAGCUGAUGAGGUAACAACAUUUUUAAUCAAUUACAUCUAAUUUUAUAAAAGUUUUUUUCUAAUUGGCUUUGCAGUUGAAAACUGUUGCAAUUGGUAGCCGUGCUAAUCAUUUUUAAUUUAAAAGCCUAAAGCUAUACUUUAAUUCACUGAACUAUUAUGUUUGCAAAUUGUGGUUGAAUCUAAGGCAUUGGCAAACUAAUAUUGAGAGGGCCAUGUCUUCAGAUAGUUAGGCAUCAAGUCAUGCAGGUCUUUAGAAAUAUGGAUAUAUGUCUGGAAUCAAACUUAGAAUAGCAAGUGCAGCUUAGAAUGAGCAUAAUGUGAUUCCACAUGGCUACAUCAGUUAAAGUCCAUGUAGAUAUACGACGCUAGAUGGAGCUUGUGGACCACCUACAACAGUAGCUCAACAUAUAUCACAUCAUAGUAGUCUAAACAUAGGUGUUUUUUUUAGCCAGACAAUUUCUUGCCAAGUAAUAAUAAAUCUAGCACUAGAAACUGAUGCCCAGGGUUGCUCACUAUUGUUCUAUGAUACAAGAGGCACUUGUGCUGCAUGGGACCAAGAUUUUGGAAUUUUUCUAUUCAGGGAUACAGGCAUCCUUUGCAAUCUCAAUGGUUAUAGCUAUGAAUUAUGUUUUUAUUUUUUAAAAAAUGAGCUUAAACUGAGGUUUGAGUUAAAAUAAUUACUUUAGGUAGUUUAUCUUUACUUGUCAUCUUCAACGAUACUUGGACAUGUUGAUUCAAAUUUGUUGCCAAAAUGUAAAUAUAUAACAUGAAAGUAUGCUUUUUCAGUUUUUCCCUUCCCCUAAAUAAUAGAAUUAUGAGGAAUUUCUGCCCAACUUCUGGAAGGGCAAAAUCUUUUAAUUAAUUUUUGUGUUGUCUUUUGGUAUUUCACAAAAUAUAAAAUUGGAACCAAUUAUUUAGCCCGUGUAGUCCAAUCCCACGUUCAAUGCAGGGAUGCAAAUUAAACCAUCCUCAACAAAUGGCUGUUAACAGUUAACAGUAACAGAGUUGGAAGGGACCUUGGAGGUCAUCCAGUCCAAUCUGUACUAGGGAUUCGAACUGCUGACCUUUCUGAUUGACAGGCUCAGUGUCUUAGCCACUGAGCCACCUAGUCAAGCUGUGAUUAAAUAAAUCCAGUGAAAAGCCAAUGGUCAAUGGAUGGUUAGUAUCGGACCAGGACCAGGACCAGGGAUACCCAGGUUAAAGUUCAUCUUAAUUCAUUAUACAUUUUUCCUCCAUGGAUUUAUCCAAACCCUUUUUAAAUCAUCCAGGUUAAUGACCAUCACCACAUCCUAUGGAAAUGAUUUCCACAGAUUAAUAAUGUGCUAUAUCCACGAUUCCCAAACUAAUUAAUCACAGAGUAUUCAAAACAUUUUACAAUUUUCUCAUAGGAACUUGUAUAAGGCCCUGAAUCAUAUUGGUUGUUCUGUACUGUCUUUUUCUAGCUCCGUUAUAUUCUUUUUCAAGUGCGAUGGCCAAAACUGUAUGUAAGAUGGUACUCAGCAUGCAGAUAUAUUAUAGUUUCGUAUAAUAAAAUUACAAUUUAGACAA